GGGUUUGGGGAUGGGCACAGGGCUUGUCUGACCAUAGCCAGUGUUCUCACACACGUAGCGAUCGAGGUCAGCAUGCCAACCCCAGCUGCAGCCACCAGCACGAGAAGUCACCAAAUAUAAAAAAAGGAACCUUUCUUAAACAGAAUCAGUCGCAGAAGACUGUUCACAGCCAUAUGUACACAUGCCCAACAUACUUGGUGAGUGUAUUUGUGAAUGCAGAUCUCAUUGUGGAAAAAGUGGUGGUUUAGAUGAUCCAAUUUUUGCAGGGUUAAGUUUUCUUACACUUCUGGCUGUGGUUUCUGUGAGAGAUUGUUUGUCCCUACAGUCAAGAGACCGCUGACAACCUCCUCACUAUACCUGGAGAGGUUUCCCAAAACCGGAUUCAAUGUCUGUGUGGCCGACAGAAUUGCUGCGUUUGACACGGCGCGUGCACCUUAUCUUUUAACCUCAUUGGCUCGCACCACUCCGACAAACACACUCCCAUGCUGAUUGGACAGAGGGCUGAACUCACACGGACAUUGUGGAUACGUGGACAGGAACACCUGGGUCGAUAUUCUGUUUGUUUAGUCGGCGAGUGCGCUAAUAUGUUUGCUCUCUAAUCCAUGAUCCACAAUGUGUCUGGAAAUUAUGUAGGGACUGGGCGUUAGUAAGUUGCGUGGGCGUUAGUAUCCGUAUCUUGAGGAACGAGACGCUGUAUGUGCAGCUGCUACUGAACGUGAGCGAUUCAGACUGCGCGAGACAAUGCUUGGACUCAGAUCUGAAACGGAAUGCCAUGACGACGGCGUCGGAAAAGGAUUCUUGCAAAAAAAAAAAAACUGCAUCAAAGGAGGAGGAAGUUUUUAUAAGCCGCACCUUUAGAUAGUGAUUCACUGCGGGUGAGAACAUGCAACACGUUAAGUUUUUCGCUUUCCUUUUUUUUUUUUCAUUUUCAAUCGAUACACGGCGGAAAAACAAGAGAGUGGAAAGCAGAAUUAGUGAAAUGGAGAUGGGUGGAGCAGGAUAUGAAAGGGGCGGUGGACUGUAUGUGGGACGGGAGGUAGGUUGCAUUCUUGAAAUGUGGAGGAGUGGAGCGAGAGAGAGAGUGGGAGAGAAAACAGAGCAUUCCGGGACACACCCUGACUUUAGUUCAAGGUCUCGGUGUUGUAAUCGUCCCGGAGUCUGUCUGUCAUUCUGUCACGGCACGGUUAGUGCUACAAAGUGACCUGUGUGAUUCAGUCAGAGUGCUAUGUGGCAGGCCAGGCUCUUGACAAACAAAGAUAAGCUCCAAGCUGUGGCCUCAUAGGUCCGGUGUGGAAUGUGAGCUACAGGACUGACUAAUGGGCUAAAGGUUGUGUGAAAAGAACCACAUUAACGCAGCUGAGCCGUCCUAACCCCCUGUAUGACACCCCCGGUCACUAUUUAGUGUUUAACUUGGUCCCUGUUUGGACGUUUUUCUUACUGGAAUUUUGCCACAGGUCAUUUGACUUCAAGUUAAAUUCAUUUCAUAAUCAUAAGUCAAUAGUGGUGAUUGUGGUGUGUGGUGAUAAAAAAAAUUAAAAAAUUAAAAAAAAGUUUUUCCCUUUGUUUAACCUGGAUGCUUAAAAGAGAGUUUAAGGCCUUCUUAAGUAGCGAUGAAUCUUAAGUAAUCUCGAGAUCUACCAUGGUAAAGUGGUGGUGCAGAUUUGGCUAAUCGCUACUAAAUGACAUUGGGACCAGGGGUGUUGCCUCAGGGUUGAUGUAAAUGCGAAAAUUCUGAUUAUUCUUCUGAUUAUGCAUUCUAAAGUGUGACAGGAUCAUUUCAACAAAUACAAUAAAAACUUGUUCCUCCAAUAGUUCUUCCUGCAGUGAAAUUCCAGUGUUAUGUAAAACAUGCUGCUGCUGCGGAGGGGGGGGUUUGGUGUUUCAACCAUUUGGGUCCGCAGGCUGCAUUCUUCUAUGUGCCACACAGAUUUUACAUCAAUCUCCAGCAACCGUGACAACCGCAGACACAAUGUUUGUGUAUGUGCCCCGUUUGGACCACCGCUCUGAGUAUGCGCAAACUCUCUGUGUGUUGCAACAAACUCACUUGCUGAUUUUAAAUAUGUUACUUGUGACUGAAGUGCAGUAUGUGCCUGCUUUUACCCUCUGCUCUGUACUGUACUGUUUCACUAUGGUCUCAUUCUCCAUUUGAUGUUGUAACUUCACUGUCUUAGUAAACAGACUGCAUUUAUAGAGCUUUUAUUUAUCCAAAGCAUUAAUGCAUCUCAAUUACCCAUUCAUUCAUACACACACACGCACACACACACACACACACACACACACCCCAUCAAGCCCCGAUGUAGCCACGAUAAGAUCUGCACAGCUGUUGGAACCUUGAGCAAGGCCCUUAACCCCAUUGACCCCACAUUGCUCCCGGGGGCAUUGUCUCCUGCCUAGUGUAAUCAACUGUAAGUGGCUUUGGAUUAAAGCAUCAGCUAAAUAAGUGUUAUGUAAUUCUGAACCGCAGAAUGUAUGCAGCAGUGCAGUCUCUUUCCUGGGUGUCCACUGCAGUGAUGUGGCUCUCUCUGGCUCUUAGCCAGCUCUUUCCACCCUACUGCACAUUUAAUGAGUGAAUUAAUAGUUUAUUUUGGUCACACUUUAUAAGGAACAAACUUAACAAAUUGUGUGAAUAUAUGACAGUCAAAACAUCAUCAUACACCAGUCCAUUUCACACAAUAGAGUUCACACAAUCAGUAGGAAUAGGCUGAAGCCUAAACAACCAAGAAUAUCAGUAGUACAAAAAAAACUAAUAUGUCUUUAAAAAAAUAAAAUAAUAAUAAUAAUAAAUAAUAAAAAUCAUUCAGCUGUGAUGGAGGCCUUCUGGAUCUGUCACAGCAAGCAGGCCAAACCCGUGGGCGCUGGUGCCUUAUUUAAUCAUGCGUUGGCCAUGUCUCUACAGUCACCCAGUGGUGCUCUCCCAGUGCGAGAGGAACGGAAUCUCUGACAAGCAGGAGCCCGUCUUCUCGACCCGUUCGAAAGCCUGCUUUGACCUGUUCUGACUUGAACGGUGCACUAAAACCACACACCAGUGCUGUUCCACCUCAAGAGCUGUUGAGCAACUGGCUCCGCCUCUCAGUCCCAACAUGCGUGUGCGACGUGUGUGGAACCAGGCAACACAGCUGAACUAGUGCUCAUCUGACAGAAGGGUGCAGUCAUGAAUUCACCCAUGAGCUACAGCGGCUCCAUGUUCCAGUCUAUAGACGAUGAUUUGAACGCUUCUCUGGCCACGGCGGAUGAGCUGUCCCGGGAGUUUAGCAGCCUCAUGCAGGAGUGCGACUCCAGCAGCCAGGAGCCUGAGAAAGAAGUGAGGCAAGCCGUCUUUAGAGGGUCUCCACAUAUUUCCGUGAGCUCCAGCUUUCCCAUGUCCCCAAAUAACGGGGGCAGUGGGGGGAGCUCCCCCGAGCACCCCCCCCACCCCCUGGACUCCUGCAGCCAGUACAGGCCCCCGUCUCCUCUCUGCGCCCCCCAACAGUCCACCUCCCCCCAACCCCACCGGCGCCCAUUCGACUCCUCUCAGAGCGCCGACGCGGGCCUGUCCCACCAUCGGCUGACCCCUCCCAACCAAUCGCCUCACACCCAGAGACCGAGGUCUCCCUGCCGCCUGGACCCCUACGACGGUUCCCAUACAGGGCGGCGGAGCUCCUCCCCCAACUCCUUGGGCUCCGGCUUCAACCAAUCGGCUCACGUCGCGCGGCUCUCUUCCCCCACGGUCCACUCGCCGACCGUGCAGCGCCAGGCACGGUUGGACCGGAGCCCAUCCCCGCAACCGCACCGACGACCCACGUCCAGAACGCUCCCGCGCAACUUCCUGCCCUUCAAGCCCAGCGACGAGGGAGUUCAGCGGCCGAAGAUUCCCAGCAAGUGGAACGAGACUGAUCUGGACGUGGCCUAUGAGAAAAAGCCGCAUCACACCUAUGACAAGACGGAGUGGCUGAGGCCCUCUGUGCCAAACAGCGGCUGGAGAGAGUCAAACCUGGACUCCCCAGCCCCUGCUCCCAGAAAGGACUCUCAGUCCCGGUCCAGCCCGCACGGCUACGUCCCGCAUAAGGUCCGCCUGGCCUCUGAUAGGCCCUCCUCCCCGCACGUCUGCAAUCCCUACAACCCCCAGCCAAUCAUCUCGCGGAUCUCCAUCCCGCCGUCCAGCCCCCAGACGCAGCAGCGCCGGCCUAUCCCACUGUCCGUUAUCAUGCGUCUGCAGAACCCGCGGUACUCCCCCGCCCCCUUCCCGCCAUCCCACGAGGAGGGCCCCGCCCUGCACAGGCAGCCCAACUUCCUGCCCCAAGAGUACCUACCCCAGUUCCCCCCACCCGACCUCCGACAGCCAGGGGUCUAUGGAGAAGCUAUGAUUCCUGAGGAUGUGGAGGCAGAGCUUGAGCGGCUGCAGCCAGAGAGGGGUCAUGUGACCCCAGAGGGCGCGCGGGAGAAGCCAGCCCCUGCGCCCCGGCCCCUAAGCCCCACCCGCCUGCAGCCCAUCCUGGCCCCCGAGAUCCAGGAGGUCUCCGACCAGCAGGAGGUGCUGGACCGCCAGGAGGUGCUUCGCCUCCGCGCUGAAUUCCCCCGCGCCCUCAAGAGACGCGGCUCCGUCGACCAAUCACGGCCGCACACCAAGGGACAGUACAGACAGGUCAUCAGCAAGCUGUUCCGCAGGAAAGAGAUCCGCCGCAAAGGCGAGCCAGUGAGCGAGACCAGCAGCUCGUCAGAGGGAGAGGACACACCCACACCCCCACCGCCCGCCUCCACAGCCCCCAGCACCCUGCUGAUGCCUGCCCUACCUGAGCACAAGGGGAUGAACUCUAUCCUGAGGAAGAGCAGGGCGAGGGGGUCAGGCCGCAGAGCCCACCUGAGCCCCCUGGUGCUGCUGCUGGACGGGGCUCUGGUGGGAGAGCUGGAGACAGUGCAGAGAGCCGUGCAGGAGAUGAGCGACCCCAGCCAGGCCAAUGAUGAGGGUAUAACUGCUCUUCACAACGCCAUCUGCGGGGGACACUAUGCUGUGGUGGAUUUCCUGGUGCGGAUCGGGGCCAACGUCAGUGCGCCAGACAGCCACGGAUGGACCCCUCUGCACUGUGCGGCCUCCUGUAAUGACCAGAUGCUGUGUGAGUACCUGGUGCGUAACGGGGCAGCGGUAAUGGCGGUAACCGAGAGUGACGGGGCCACGGCCUCGCAGAAGUGCGACCCCUUCGCCGCCUGUUUCCAGGAGUGCGAGAGCUUCCUCAGAGGGGUGGAGGAGGCCAUGGGCGAGGAGAACAGCGGGGUGCUGUACGCACUUUGGGGGUACCCCGCCCAGGCCCCGGACGAGCUGAGCUUCAGGGAGGGCGACAUGGUGACCAUCCUGCAGAAGACCGAGGGGUCGAACUGGUGGUGGGCCUCCCUCUGCGGCAGAGAGGGUUUCGUCCCCAACAACUUCUUCGGGCUCUUCCCGAAGAUUCGGUCGAAAUCACUGUGCUAGAGUGUGACCCAUGUGGAGUUCCUGUCCGUCACGGGUGGUUAAGCCACGGACCCUCCCUUGCAUCUCAGUCACGCGUGUGCAUGCAGUGUCUUUUUUCCUCUGUGCCUUAGACGCAACAUCUCAAAGAAGACCUGCACUAUUAAAUUCUAAAACUCAUCUCAAAUCUUUUUCGCUGUCUCCGUUGUUGCACACCUGUUCGUUCCAUUAGCUACUGGAUGCCUGGAAGAUUUCUGUUUCUCUCAACUCGAAUUGCAGCACUAAUAUUUAACAGAAAAGAGUAAAACCGUCUCCUGUUCUCAUGUUGUGGAGCUCAGGGUUUGGGGAUUUGAUGAGUCGGAUUGUAUCUACGUGCUGUGAAAAAGUAGGAAAUAAACACUGUUAUGGAUGGAACAGGACUGUCAGGGAGCAGCUCUGUGCACUCGGGGGCGGGGGGAGGGACAACAGCGGUUGCCCCAGGACUGUGCUUUCAAUACCUCGAUACGGAAUUUCCUGGAGACAAGGUUACCUGGAGACGGGGUUACCUGGAGACGAGGUUACCUGGAGACGGGAUUACCUGGAGAUGGGAUUACCUGGAUACAGGCCUCUGUCAUCUCUCCAUCCCUAGAACCCUGCUAAAUGAAAAAUAUACUUUUCCCAUAUAUGGAGAUGCAAUACACUAAGUGGUAAGUUUAUUAGAUCGACCUGUACACCAGCUUGCUAAUGCAAAUAUUUAAUCAGCCAGAAUGGGGAAGAAAUGUGAUCUAAGUGACUUUGACCAUGGAAUGAUUGUUGGUGGCAGACAGGGUGGUUUGAGUAUCUCAAAUACUGCUGAUUUCCUGGGAUUUUCAUGCACACUAGUCUCUAGAGUCUCUUUUUUUUUUUUUUUUGCUUGUUUGACAUUCAGAUGAUUUUAUCUGGCAGUGGUGGUUUAUUGUCUGUCCUGGUGUAUCUCACUGUCAUGGCUUCUGUUAACAUAUUCUCCUCUGUUAACAUCCAUUUUUUUGUGCUUUUUUUUCUUUGAAUGGUUUUAGUCAGUUCCCUUGGUAAUACCAUACUCUGUAUUUAUACAGGAGAACCCAAUUGAAAAAAUAGUUUGCUGUAGUAAAGUUGUGUACUUAUAAACUUUCAUUAGACUUCCAAGUAUUUUCAUCAAGUAUGCUUAGUAUGCAGUUGUUUCAUAUGAGAAUGUAUGAAAUGUUUUUUAUAUACGUAUAUCUGGGUUCAAACACCCACACACAUUCUCGUGUGCAAGCAAGUGAUUCAAAUAUAAGGGAUCAUUUUUUUGUGCUAUGCGUGUGUAUGUGUGUUUCAGAUGAAAUGGUUUUGUUACAAAUGGUCAAUUUGAUUGUACAUUUUCAAGUAUUUAAUACCAACAGGACGCCAUUAUACAAAUAAAUAAUGUAAGACCCAGAA